CCUCAUCUACCUUUUACACCUUACAUUUGCAGCACUGAUUGAUUUAUUCCUCCAACAAAAUGCCUGAGGGACCAGAGCUGCACCUGGCCAGCCUCUACGUGAACAAAAUGUGCGAGGGAGUGGUGUUCACAGGGCAGGUCAGAAAAUCUGAAGUCAGCAAGAGUCCUGAUGUGCCCUUCACCUGUGACGCCUACCGCGUCACAGCCACUUCCAGAGGGAAGGAAGUGAAGCUCUCGCUGACACCCAUGAAGAGUGACGAACCAAAGCACAGAGUGAAGGCAGGGCAGGCCGACCAGCCAGUUGACAUAGUCUUCCGCUUUGGGAUGUCAGGUUUUUUCCGCUUCACCGCAGAGGAUGAGAUGCCAAAACAUUCCCACCUGCGUUUUUACAGCAACGAGAAGCCCUGCAGGGUGCUGAGCUUUGUGGAUGCACGCAGGUUUGGCAGCUGGCAGCCCAAUGGGACGUGGCAGCCCAGCAGAGGGCCUUGCAUCAUGUUUGAAUACAAAAGCUUCAGGGAGAACGUUGUGUCACACCUGGCUGACCACGCCUUCGACAGACCAAUCUGCGAGGCUCUGCUCAAUCAGAAGUACUUCAACGGUAUCGGGAACUACCUGAGGGCUGAAAUCCUUUUCAGGUUGAACAUCCCACCCUUUGUGCUGGCCCGGACUGUACUGGAAGGGCUUGAGUCAGGCGAUUCAAGUGAAAAGGAGAGGCCUGUGAAAAAUGAGAACCCGGACAAAAAGCAGAAGUCAGACAGAGCGAAACAGAUAAAGGUGAAAGAGGAGACAGGUGACCUGCUCAGGCUGUGUCAUACAGUACCUCUGGAGGUCGUAAACAUGGGUGGAAAAGGCUACGAUCCCCAGAAGCAGGACUACUCCGACUUUGAGGCUUGGCUUCAGUGUUACUAUGUGGAUGGGAUGAAAUCUAUCCGAGACCACAAUGGCAGAACUAUGUGGUUCAAAGGAGAUCCAGGGCCUAUGGCGCCUAAAGUUUCAAAGUCACCCAAGAAAAAAAGUAAAGCGAAGAAAGAAGACGACCAUGAUUAUACAAACAAGAAAAAGGUUACCAAGAGUCGCUCUGCAGGCGGUACAAAGAGAACAGCCAUCAAAGUGGAAACUGUGACCAAAACCCCCCACAAAGAAAAAAAGCCAGAGACAGAUGCCAGAUCUAAAAGAAGAAAGACGGAAAAGAAAAAAGAAGAAAAUUCCCCACAGGAUGAAAAGACCUCCGCUGCACGUAGGAGGAAGGGCAGCAGUGCAGAGCCAAACAUUUCAGGUGCACAGACUCGCAGUGGAAGAGUGACCAGACAGAGCAGCAAAAACCAACGGGAGAACCCUCUAUAAAGGACCAUUUGUAUGUUUUUAUACUCUUGAAUAUGAUUUUUUAAAUAAUACACGUUUCUACAAAAAAGC